CUCCAUGUUAAGUAAGUACGUAUCGGGUGCAAAUUUCCCGCCUCACACAUGCACACAAGACACACAACACGUCAUGGCGGCGGCGUCAUGGCAGGCGAGAUAGAAACGGUUUCACCCUGCCAACGGAAAGGACACAAUCACCCUUUGUGUCUCUUUCGACGCCUGCAGCCCUCAAGCUCUUUGAAGACAAGAAUGUGUCAGAUGAACAAGUACUGCAGUAACCAAUUGCGAGACAACCCAGUCAUGAUUUUCCAUCAAGCAGAUGAAUCCACAGAGAGACAGAAGGCAGACGGAGAUGGACAACGAGACGGGCGGUUGACGACGAUAAAGGCAAAGGUCCAGGAGAGAGAAGUGAGAGACCGACUUGCCUGACUCCUGGCUCCAGCUCAGAUCUGCAUUGGCCAUCGGGCCAGUGCAGACAUAGCAUAGGCACGCAGAGGCAUUGCACUGAUGUUCACGACUCAGUGUAGUGUAUCUAUCGUCUUUUGUUUGUUCCGUGCAGCAUAGCAUGCCUAUGCUUGAGAGUGUCACAUUGCAUUUUGCGGUGCAGACACGUAUGAAUCAAUGUCAUCGCAUCGCACACCGACCCCACGUCACCUUAUCCCUCACUGAUUUGAUAAAAGCGCCUGCUGUCCAGCGCGGCUAGACAGACAGACAGACAGACGGAUGGACCGGCCUAUGGAGAGCGGCCUUUGUCAUCGCCACAGACACUUGCUGAGCCAGACAGAGGCAGACGACGACACACAAAUUAUCCACUCAUCCAUCCAUCCCAUCAGCGCAGCAGACCACAUAUGGCUGACCUACAUGACCUACCCUUGCCUUGCGGGGAACACAAGUGGGGUCAAAACAACGCAUAGCCCAGUGGGAGUGUGUGCCCUGCAACGCUACGCUACGCAACGCGGCCAAUGAAGUGUGCAUCAGUCAAGGCCCUCGGGCAGGCAGGUCGUGUGUACAUACGCCUCUCUUCCUCUCUCUGUCUGAGACAGCCCCCAAAAAAACUCAGCCAUCCAGCCAUCCACGAAGCACCAACACACGGUCAGACAGACAGACAGACAGCCAGACAGACAGCCAGGGCACCGCACCCCAAACACAUGAAUGUCACUCAGUCAGUCAGUCGCUCUAUCACUGGUGGGGCUUGACGUUUGCCGCCGGUCUUGCUUUGCUGCACACCAGCCGGAAGCCGAGGGGCGAUUCAGAGCACGGCGAAGUGCCUGCUCCUCUGCCCACACACAUACACACAUCACAUUAAUUACGCACAUCAGACAUAAGGAAUUUCACCUUGUGUCUUUUCUCUGCUUACUUGUUCCGACGAAGGCAGCUAGCGCAGUGAGUGGGCACCUGCGAGUAGUGGUGACCAUGUAGAUCGAGCAUGUAGACGUGUGCUUCCCCUCUGGUGCCACUCACUCACGGCCCUCCGCCGUCUGACUCGCACACCAUGUCCGUCUGCAUGACACCGCCAGAGGCCUCAGGCCCCUGAACGACCACUUUCGGGUGACUGACGUGACGAAGUGCCGCUCGUCCUCGCGGCGGCUGCUGUGCUGCACGUGCGGCAGCUUCCGCUUAAUUGCCGGAGGUUUUUCUGGUUGCUUGUGUCGGCGGGGAUGCACAGGGCCUGCCAGACGGCCGAGGGAAGGGCGGUCGUUGAAGUGUUGUGGUCGUCAAGCAGUGUCGGACGGAUAGCUGCAUGGGUGCCCCGAGCGGAGCGCCGAAUGGCUGCGGCUGCCCCGACUCGCACUCCAUCGUAAAGCGAGCCUCGGGGUCUUGGCGCAUCUAACACGCCCAUCUCUGACACACACAACACAGACAGACAGACAGACACAAAGGCGCAUCAAUCAGCGGCAGAGAUUUGAGCGACCUUAGAGAGCUCUCCUGACUGACUGAGUGUGUGGCCUUCCUGUGAGUCUCUCUGCAGAGAUCUGCCGCGGUUUGUGCAGUCUGUGCCUUUCCCCCCAUGCAUCACGUCUAAGCUCGCAGGGCUUGAAACCCUGCAGGCGACCGCGGGGCUGGGAGGUUUUUCCCAUUGCAAUUAAGUGCCCAUGAAGGCUGCUGCCGUGUUCAUCUGAGUCCUAGUGAGUCGGGGGGUUUGCGAAUUCCGUGAAUGCGCGUGUGCAGCAGUGGGCGGCAGACGCACCCAGACAUUCGCGCACACACAACUCGACGAGUGUCCAGCGCAGGGGGCUGGGAGGCCGGGAAUGACUGUUGGUGUGAUGGGCUGUCUGUGUGGUGAGUUUGAGCGGCUGGCCUUGCGUGUGUGAGAAGUGGGUAUGCGGCACGGGGGGUAUCGAUGGGGUGAGUGCGUUGAAGUGGUGAAAGGUGCAACCUGGUGGAAAGGAGGAAUAGCGAGGCGAUGGGCGUCCGCACUUUACAGAAUCGGUUACGGUAAAGGUCUACAGUCAGUACUCAAGCCUACACGGCAUCGCCAAGUUAGCAAAAAACCCAUGGACACACACAGAGAGAGAGAGAAUGAGAGAGAGAGAAUCGAGUGAGUGCCGAGGGUGGAGGCGUGUGUGGGGGGGCCUAUGGGAUGCACACACAUACUACAGACACCCACAUGUACAGUACAGACACACAGCAUAAUUUAGCUUAGUGUAAUGUAGAUGUGCAGCCAGACGGACAAAUACAUCUGAGACAGACAGUCAGAUGACCUACUAGUGCUUCAUCCGAUGCGUGUGUGCACACAGCACGUCAACCAACACGCCCAGCUGAGCUCGCUACAUGGUCUUUCGCUGCAGGAACUCUUCUAUCUGUCCCACCCUCUUGCUGCCCAGCACGGCCUGCAGCCCCAGCCGCCCAUUCUCUCCACCCAGCAGCCUCGCAAACUGGGCCGCCAGCCACUCAUCGCUGUCCAGCGGUGGGGGGCCCGCACUCCCUACCGACCUCUUGACCACCUUCCUCCUUCUCUUUCUUGUUGCCGUGUUGGCUGCCCCGCCAGCCUCCUCCCCCUUGCCUCUUUUCUCGCUGCUCUUGUUCCUCUUGUUUGCUGCUCUCUUGAGCUGUCGCCGCCGUCGGACGGCCUCCUCGCGCUUCAGCCGGCGCCGCGUCACGAAAGCGCCAGGGGGCACGCACACCUGAGAGAUACAUGGGUGCGGUAUGGCCAUCCCAUCCACCCCAGCCGCAACACGAACCGAUCGGUCAACAAAGCAUCGAUCGAUCGAUAGCGGGGCCACCUGCGUGCCUGCCUGCCUGUCUAUCUGUCUGCUGUGAAGACCGUACCUUGGCCCAUGCGAGCCCCCAGUUGCCGAAUCCCGGCGGAAAAAACGCGCCAUUCGUUAGAAGACCUGGCACUUUGGCGUACGGCUGCAGCCGUAGCGAACACAGCGACAGACAGACAGACAGACAGACAGAGAUGGACACAAACGUGGCGUAGAUGGCGCAGAGGAGUGUGUUCGUGUGUGUGUGUGUGUGCGUGCCUGGAGUGUCCAGAGGCACUGCAGGUCGAGGGGAUCGUUGACAGUGGACGAACCGAACCCCCUGUAGACAGACGUGGGUGAGGGUGUGGGUUGGGUGGUGGGUGAACAUGUCAGUCAGCCAUCAUUGAGCCGGUGUCGGCUACGUGCGUACGUACCAUGAUGAUACCCGCGGCUUGUCGGUCUUCUCAUCCUGCUGCACUGGACGGAAGUAGGGCGCCUCACCAGCCUGCUUACACACAGACCAAAAGCCAGGCAGGCAAAGCGUGACGUGACCUCACCGACCCCCCUCCGGACCUUAUAGAUGACGGGAGUGUCAAAGUCUGGGCAGUCUGCUGGUUUAAAGACGUACGCGGCCGAUGGGAAGCCCGCCCUGUCGAAGGCCUGGAACCCGAUGAGCACAUCACCCUGGGGCGUCGCUGCCACGGAGGGAUAUGAGAAGUCCCACCCCUUGGGCGGCUGCAAUGCAUCCAAUCAACCAAGGCGGAUCGCACAUACAAACAUACAAACAUACAAACAUAUAUUCAGACAGAGAGAGACAUACAGACCAUGCGCACCAGUAUAGCUCGUGUCAGUCGCGAAGGGACCACAAUGGGGGUGAGGCUUUUCUGCGGUGGGGGGAUGACCAGGGCGUCAAAGGCACGGGAGAAGAGGGUGAACACGUCGAGCUGCGCGUACGCUACGAACGCCUGCUGCCGACGCUUGUCUGUAUGUAUGUAGGUACCGGCGGACGGAGACACACAUACACGUGACACAGACAGACAGACAGACAGACUCGUGAGUACCGAGGCUUGCGUCUUUGAUUGUUCUGAAUCCUGUCCAUGCGCACACCACCAGCUUCGCAGUCUGACGGCAGGACUGAGUGAGUCACACACACAUAUGAAGCAGAGCUGAGCAUAUAUGUGUGUGUCUGCGAUCGGUGCACCAUCAUACACGUAUAGGUCUACCUCAAGGAUGUCGUCUCCGAGAUUGAUCUGGAACCCCCCCAGCUGGCUGCCCGCUGUCUCCUCAUCAGGCUCGUCAAACUGCACCGACUGCUCUCAACACACAACACACGACGAGCGAAGUCGGGCCAGACCCUCAUGUAUUACUGGGAAGUAUGUGUCCGGUCCGAGGAUCACUACGCCGCUCUGCAGUGAGCCCAGAAGCAGCUGCUUGAGCACGAAGAGCGCCUGCACGCCGUCAAACGCGUCGAAGUCUGUGGCAGCGGAGUUCUCCAAGCCUGCAUGACCAGCCACACCAGUCACAUCCAUCCAUCCAUCCAAUGGCACAAUCCUUCACCGAACGUCUGAUUGGGGUCGGCGAUGCGCUCGAAGGACCCCUGACGCGCGAUGUUGUUAUUAUUAUAGAACGUCUCCAGGCUGAAGGCCGUGAUAGGCGUGAAGACGCCGUUCAGAGGCGUGUUGAACCCCACACCGCCAGAAGCUGUUUGUGUGGCGUGUUGGGGGAGGGGGGGAUGGGGGGAGGGGGUAAUACAAUGCAUGAGACCAUGACUGUGCACCCCUCACCUGGCCCUCUGUUGGUGAAAGAGUGAAGGAAUGAUCCCGCGAGGUCGGCCGCAGACGUCUGUAGCAGCGAUGGCUCGUCUUGCUCAUCGCCCGACGUGUCGAAACUCGCGAACAGCUCGUUUCCGGAGGACCCCAGCAGCACCUCUGUGUCUUCUGGAGCUUGCACGUACGGGGCGAGCGCGAUCGACGCGGCGGUGUCCACAAUUUCAAUGGCUUUGUCAUCGAGGUCAUCGAGACCGAUCGGACCGGGCUCCGCGGCUAUCCCGGGAGUGAGGAUGUCGGAUGGGGAGGCCUCGCCCGCUGCACACACAUAGCCAGGCACGGUGUCCGUCCGUCCGUCCGUCCGGCAUGUGGGCAGUGUAGAGCCCUGACCUGAGAAGAAGGCCUCAAACUCAGAUACCUCGUCCACGUUUGAGAAGAUGCUGCGGCUGCCGAGCAACACACUCGAGUCUGCACGGAAACACAUACACACACAAGCACACACACGCAGAGAGAGAGGGAGCACGCACACGUACACAUAUGGUCGGGUCCACUGUGUAUGUGGCACCAACCGAAGCUGGCGAAGGCAUUGUAGGCGAAUCCGAUGAGUGUGGGCGAGACGCCGAGUGUGUUGUGCGAGAGGAAGAAAGUCGGGUUGCACUCGCCUGAGUCGUCUCCAAAGCCGAACACCGUCGCCAGGACCUGGGAGAGGACCUGACUCGUAAUGGUGCGGUUCACCGGCGGUCUGAAAGCCUCUAUCGCACUCUCGAAAAUCGUGCUCGGCUCGCGGUCGUCGAUCUGAUUCACCACAUCCAUUCAUUCAGACGAGACGCAAACAGACAGACAGACAGACAGACAUUCCUGCCUGCCUGCCCGCCAUCGUGUGGGCUGUGUGGACUCACUCAAGCACGCACUGCGCUGACCGGGAAUCUUGCAAAGGCCCAGUCCUUUGUCGUGAAUGACUUUGGCGAAGACGUGCGAGAGAUGGCGAAGACCUGCUCGCACUGGUUGAGUAGAUACCCGACCAAGAAGCGGCUGCUACCGGUGUCAUAGUGGGCGACGGGCGAGAAGAAAAUGGCCACUUCCUCCAGCUCCCCUCGCACGUCUAAGGGGGACUUGCGGCCGUCACCCACUAUCACCGGCAGGAAAAACUCACGCGGACGCUCAGCGGCUAUCUGCAUCAAUCCAUAGCGAUCAUUCACAUACAUACAUACAUACAUAGACCAUCCAUCCACAAGACACACACAGACUGACCAGUUUGCCGUGUUUGGGCGUUUGCAAUACGAGUCCGGUGUUGGUGGCGGUGAGUAUGCUCUUUGGCCCCACUGCGCCCGCUGGGCUGGCGGGUGUGGCCAGAAUGCCGAACAUGCGAAUGGAGCUCUCCAGGUCAAGGCUGCUGACGAUGGCCACCGGACCGGGGGAUGGCUUGGCUGCACUCAUGGGACAGGAAUGAAAGGAUAGAUGGAUGCGCAAGUCAUGUGUGUGGUUGCUUAUGCUGCUCUCUCUGUGCAUGUGGUGCGCAGACGUACGUAAGACGUUCUCUGUGCCCCUGAUUGGCGCCACUUUGAGCUCGUCUUUGAACAGGGUCCAGCCGUCAUGACGAUCUGAAUCUCUGCCCGUCUUGUUCUUGUCCUUGGGAUGAUGCUCCCCCUCGCCGGCUGGCUCAUCCUUGUCCAACUCAAGACCCAGAUGCCUGUCAGAUGGAUGGAUACGUACUUUGUACUCUGAUGGAUCCACUAGAUGGAUGUCAUUUCAGUGGCUGGUGUUCACUCUGCCAACUGUGUGAGAUCGAUAGACCGCCUUGCCCUUGCCUCCGUCGCGUUGUGCGGCACCCUCUUCACCGAUGGAAUGCGGGCACCUGAGCAAGAGAGAAAGGUCAGCACAAAAUAGGGUCAGCAAGGGCAGCUUGAGUGCCUGUGUGUGUACCUUUGUGGGCCCGGAUAGGCAGCGGCACCCACCAGCAUGCCAACAACAAGGCGGUCUGCAUCAUUCCACACUGUACAAAACCGUUAGUAGGACAUUUACGAGUUUGGAGGGCUGCUGGGAACCUCGGUGACCGGCUGACUUCGGUGGGUUCGCAGAGCAGCCGCUGCUUCCGCUCGAUGUGGGAGGCGGGGCGGGCAGUCCGACCGACAAUUUCGCCGCCGUCAUGGCCGUUGACUUGGAG